GCAGAAGGACUCGAGUGCUAAACCGAAUAAAACUGAAGACGAAACUGAAGAAGAACCUGAGAUAAAAGAUAUUGAUGAUAAUACUAAUGAUAUUACUGAUAAUGAAGUAGACAAAUCUAAGAAACCAAAUAUUUAUAAAUUGGUUAAAAAUACAAUCUAUGAUGCCCUUUUUAAAUAUUUUGAUUUUCUGCCAGAUUCUGUUUUACUUGCAAGUCUCUUAGAUCCUAGAUUCAAAAAAAUGAAAAGAUGGUUAGAAAAUGAGAAAGAAAAAGCAAUUGCUUUAUUAAAAUCAGAAUAUACGAAUGAGAAAGAUUUAAAUACUCAAGAAUCUAGUAAUCAUCAAAAUAAUUUUUUUGAAGAUAGAACCAUUAAUUAUAAUC